CAACCCUAAUUUCAUGUUCAACUCUUCCAUCUCAAUAUUUUCACACAUGUUCAUCAUGUCAAUCAAAACACAACCCGGAACAAGAUCCAUGUUCGAUUUGGCGUACGAUAGAGGAUAAAUAAACCAAGUUUUAGAUCACAAAUCCCUCAUAUUAACCAAACUUUAGCUUUUUUUGUUUCGUAAUAGCCGUAUUCGUUAGUAUUAUUAAGCGUACAAAUCAUGGAAUCUUGGAAGAACAAGAGCGGAAAGAAGAACUUCAUUGCGAAGACUUGGAAGCGGUGUAAGUCGUUCCCACGCGGUCAAAGAAGCCGAGGCGGUGUAGGGAGUUUGUCCAAGAGCAAGUCAUGGAAUGGAAAUGAACUCAAGAAGAAAAAACUCGCCCCAGAAGGGUUUUUUCCGGUUUAUGUUGGACCGGAGAAACAAAGGUUUGCCAUCAAGACAAAGUAUGUGAAUCAUCCUUUGUUCACUAUGCUGCUAGAAGAUGCGGAAACCGAAUAUGGUUACCACUGUGACGGGCCGAUAUUGCUUCCGUGUGAUGUAGAGUUGUUUUACAAGGUGUUGAAUGAGAUGGAAGCGAAAGAUGUGCAACCGGUUGGAUGGAGUUUUGCGUAUGGAUCAUGCAGCCCGUUUAAUCCGAGCCGUCGGAUGAGGAUCAACGGUGUGGAUGAGAUGGGGAAAGGGUAUGGAUCUUAUGAAGCUUUAAUGUAUAAAGCGUAUUAAAAUGAGUAAACGAGUCUAUUAUUUAUAUAUACAUAAAUAAGCAUCUCGUGUUUAUGUAAAAUGUAAUUUGGUUGUGUAAAAGUAUGCAUGCAAUCAAAAUGUGUUUUGAAUUUUGAAUUGCAUGUCACGAUAUGGAUAUGGAUAUGAAUAUGUAGAUCUUGUGCAA